UCACAAGGCGGCCGGCCAAUCAGAAGAAGAGCUGGGGAGGAAGAGCAGGGAAGCAGGAGGCUGAGCAGGUAGUCAGGGCAUGGGACUGGAGAGGAGAGGAAGGCAGCGGCUGUGAGACAGACAGAGAGACAGACAGAGAGACAGACAGAGAGACAGAGCGGAGUCACUGCAGAGAAUGAGACAGACCAGGCCGUGUCUAUUCCACACCAGUUCUCUGCUUCUUCACGCCACCAACUGGGGAAGACUGAGAAGAUGAAUGGGGGUUGCGAGCCUCCCCCUCCUCUAGGGGAGAGAGCGAGAAGAACGAGGGCCCCCCGGGAAAUGGAAGGGACCCAACAAGAUGAAACCGACACCAACAGCCACGGCUCCAGCGGCAACGAAUCCAAUGGCAACGAGUCCCGGCAAAGUCGCAGUUCUCACAGCAGCACCAGCGGCAACGGGAAGGACUCGGCCAUGUUGGAAGCCACCGAGAGCAGUAAGAGUACAAACUCUCACAGUCCUUCUCCACCAAGUAGUUCUAUUGCCUACAGUCUGCUGAGUGGCAGCUCUGAGCAGGACAAUCCAUCUACCAGCGGCUGCAGCAGUGAACAGUCUGCCAGGGAGAAAAACCAGAAAGAGCUGAUGAAGGCCCUUAAAGAGCUAAAGAUUCGGCUCCCAUCAGAGAAGAGGCUAAAAGGCAAGUCUGGCACACUGGCAAGUCUACAGUAUGCCCUGUCCUGCGUCAAACAAGUACGAGCUAACCAGGAGUAUUACCAGCAGUGGCCUAUUGAUGAUUCCCAACCUUGUUGCCUGGACAUGUCCAGUUACACCAUCGCCGAGGUGGAAAGUGUGACGUCUGAGUAUACACUCAAAAAUCCUGAUACCUUCUCGGUGGCCGUGUCGUUCAUCAGCGGUCGCAUUGUCUAUAUCUCAGACCAGGCUUCUCUCAUUCUGCACUGCAAGAAGGAGGUGUUCAAGGGGGCCACAUUCGCUGAGUUUCUUGCUCCGCAGGAUGUCAGUGUCUUCUAUGGAUCCACCGCCCCAUAUCACCUUCCUUCCUGGAGCAACUGCACCUCUGGGGAUCCAGCAUUGAUGGAUUACACGCAGGAGAAAUCCGUGUUCUGCCGCAUCAGUGGGGGCCGAGAGCGGGAUAUGAACAUCCGCUAUCACCCUUUCCGCCUCACACCUUACCUGAUGAAGGUGCGAGACUCCGAUACUGCCGAGGGCCAGCCCUGCUGUCUUAUGGUCGCCGAGAAGAUCCAUUCUGGAUAUGAGGCCCCGAGGAUCCCUCCAGAUAAAAGGACCUUCACCACCAGGCACACCCCAAGCUGUAUGUUCCAGGAGGUGGACGAGAGAGCGGUUCCUCUCCUCGGGUACCUGCCCCAGGAUCUCAUCGGAAUGCCCGUUCUGCUCUUUAUUCAUCCUGACGAUCGACCUCUCAUGCUGGCUAUUCACAAGAAAGUUCUUCAGCAGGCCGGCCAGCCCUUUGAUCAUUCUCCCAUACGUCUGUGUGCCCGAUCUGGCGAAUAUGUCACCAUCGACACCAGCUGGACCAGCUUUGUAAAUCCCUGGAGCAGAAAGGUCUCCUUUAUACUUGGAAGGCACAAAGUCCGCACGAGCCCUCUAAAUGAAGAUGUAUUUACUGCCCCAAAGGGGGCAGAGCUUAAGCCUCUGGACUUUGAUACCCAGGAGCUGUCGGAGCAGAUUCAUCGGAUACUUUUACAGCCGGUGCACAGUACGACCUCUGGGGGCAAUGGCAGCGGGGGCAGUAACAUGUCGCAGGAACCAUUUCACUGCAACGCCUCAUCUAGUGACAGCAAUGCAAUGGUCACCGAGGAAGGUGCAGACCACAAACCUAUGACCUUCCAAGAGUUCUGUCAGAACGUGAAUAUGGUGAAGAAUCAGGGGCAGCAGGGGUAUCUGGGAUCCCGUGGUAUCCGCACAUCUCAGAGGGCACCAUUCCAAGCGCCCCCUAGGCCUGUUGCCCCGCAAGUCACUGACAGUACGACAUCCGAGCCUCCGCCUCCUAGAAUCCCUUGCAUUGGGGAUGAGCUUGGGCGGAAAGAGAGCACCAACUAUUCCUAUCAACAGAUCAACUGUCUGGACAGCAUCAUCAGGUACCUGGAAAGUUGCAACCUCCCCAGUACGGUGAAGCGUAAGUGUCGCUCUUCCUCCUUCACUUCAUCCACCUCCGAGGAGGAGAAGCAGAGGACUGGAGAAAGUGAUAAGGAAGACCCUUCUGGUGGCACACCUCAGCAGCAGGAAUUACCUCCCGCCACAGCUGUUGCUUCUGCACCGCUUGCCCCUCUGCCUCCCCUACCCCCCAGUAAGGCAGAGAGUGUGGUGUCCAUCACCAGCCAGGGCAGUUUCAGCAGCACCAUUGUCCACGUUGGGGACAAGAAGCCUCCUGACUCUGAGAUGGUCCUAAUGGAGGAGUCCUCGUGCCCUGCAGCUCCUGCUCCCCCUCCUCGCCCUUUGGGUCUGACCAAGGAGGUUCUCUCAGCCCACACUCAACGGGAGGAGCAAGCCUUCCUCACCCGGGUUCACGGCCUCAGUCGGCUCAGAGUUUUUGAUCCUCUCCCUGCAGGGGCCUGGGAAGAGCACAACCAGCAUCCUCAGCGAGGUUCUAAGCCGUCACGUGCCUCCCAACACCACCAUGCCUCUUCCUGCAAUCCUCCUUCACCAUCCAAGGGAGAAUCCAAUGCAGGGCGUCGCAGGGGCAAGAGUGGCAAAUCAAAAGCCAAGCGCCCUAAGCAAGGCAAAUCACCCUCCUUAAGCUCCAUGCAAACACCCAACCUCCUAGAUGUCAACCUUCUACCUCCUCCUCCUCCAGUCAUUCCGGGAUACCCCCUGCCCAUCUACCCCACACUGGCUCCUGAUCCCACCCCACCUGUCCCCAGAUACCCACUGGUCACUCCUAUUGUAGCUUUAGUGAUGCCCAACUACCUCUUCCAACCUCCUCCAGUUGCACCUUCUUUCUUUCCCGGGGUUAAUGGGUUUCAGAAUUUUGUCCCUUCUACUGAGCCACCACCUACUGCCCCUGAAGCACCCCCUGCAGCUCCUGCUCCUCCUCCUCCAGCUUCUGCUGCAUCUUGUCCUCCGCCAUCUCGCUCCUCUACCCCUCCCCAGCGUCUCUUCCCGUCUCGUUGCAGCUCCCCCCUGCAGCUUGACCUGCUGCAGAUGGAGGAAUUGCCUCAACCCGGGGCUGGGGGAGGGGGGGAGUGGGAACUGGAAGAAGAAAUUAAGGGAGGGAAAGGAGGAGCAGCUCCUGGGACAUCUGGAGGUGGUGGUGGAACCAACACAGAAACAGGAAAUGGAGAAGAAAACAGCCAACCAGAGAACUGCAUGGGUGAUCCUAAUGAUUCCUCCUCCCACAAUGAUGCGCUCUCCAGCUCCAGUGACCUUUUAGAUCUCCUCCUGCAGGAGGACUCGUUUUCGGGAACAGGCUCUGCUGCCUCUGGUUCCAUGGGAUCCAACGGAGGAAGCACCUCUGCAUGUGGCACAAGAAGCAGUGAGAGCAGCAACACCAGCAAAUACUUUGGGAGCAUCGACUCCUCCGAGACGGAUUUGAGAGUAAAGAAGGCAGAGCGGGACGCGGAGAGAAAAGUCAUCCGAUACGUCAUGCAGGACCCACUCUGGCUUCUAAUGGCCAACACGGACCAUGAUGUGAUGAUGUCAUACCAGAUCCCACCCAGGGAUAUUGAGCGCGUCCUGCAGGAGGACAGAGAGAAGCUUAGGCAGCUCCAGAGACACCAGCCCAAGUUCAGCGAGGAGCAGAAGAGGGAGUUGGGGGAGGUCCACAGCUGGGCGAGGAGAGGCCGAAUACCCCAUGUCAUCAACAUAACCUCUUGCACUGGCUGUUCCCCUGAUGGACCCCCAUACGAUGAGGAUCUAGACUUGUCUAUAAUGAUGGAAGAGGGAGGGGACUGCACGGUGGUAGGAGAGGAGGGUGGUGGAGACGUGACGAGUGGUUGAGAUGUUCUCCCAUCCUCCAUGUACCAAUCAUCUGACCAGUCCCAAGCUGCCUUAUAUAUACCGUAUCUAUACCCCCUCCUCAUGGGGUAACAGAAAAACUAACCCCGGCGGGACUAUGGGGGUGGAGGAAUGUUACUACUCAAGACCUAUAAGCAUCCCCACCAAGAGGACCAAAGAUUGGGCUUUUCCCAAUAUGGCUUCUCCUGAAAGCGACUGAUCGCCCAUCUUGUGUUCGUCGUGUUCGUCGUGGGAAAAGCAGCAACGCAGGCGACAAUCAUCGAAACGCAGGAAUGACCCGAGAAGAAGACUUUAUUUUGUCUCUAUUUUUGUAACUGUCUAAUUUAUGGCCUUUUGCUUGAAGUACAGGGAAGGGCUCGCUCAGAGCUUUUUGUGAUGUGCAAUGGUCGAAAAAGUCCACUAUUUAUAAUGUUUUUGUCAACUUGUAAAUAAAAAAGACCUGUUUUUUAUUAUA